AACAAAACAGGACUGAAACUAUUAGUAACUAUUAAUCGAUCAGUCAAAUAACAGAAAAUGUAGGUAAUUUAUAAAGAACAAAUGCCAAAAAAAAUUAGUUAGAAUUAGAAGUAGAAAAGUCAAAAGAGGUACAGAUGCACAUGCAGGCCAGUAAUCUCACAGGUUUUAAAAGCAGUUUUGGCCUUUACUGCAUUCAAAUGUUGCUCAUAAGUUAGAACAAAGCUGCGUUUCUUUACAGAGUGGGCUCUAGGGAGUAGUAAUGGCACAUUAUUCACAGAAUUUUUGGUAUUCAUGCCUCGUCAGUUUGAUUAAUCCUGCAAAAUUACAGUACAGCAGAUGGCGUCAGUGCGCUGGGUCCUGACCCUUACACAGUAAGCGUGAAGGCAGCACUGUCCCGCACCGGAUGGGCCAUCUGUGCAGUGAUGUCACGCAUCUUCGACAAGGCUCUGUAGGUUUAGGAAUUAUGACUCAGAUAAGUCACUUCCUUUGUUUUUUGUGUUUCUAUCCAGCAAGGCCAGUUUCAUUUUUACUCACUGUUACUAUCACCGGAGGUCCACUGAUACAUUUAUAAUGUCAAAACCAGGCAAAGAUCAUAUGCGUAGUGAAAUGCCUUAGGUACCUGUCCGGGCUCAAAUUACAAUAAAGUCAGUUAAAACAAAUUUAUAAAAGAGCUAUUAAAAUUGAGAACAAUCUAUACACUAAAUAAGUUGUAAAAGUAAAAUAAAAUGUAGACUAUAUACUAUACACAGAAUUGUGUGUUGCCUGUCGCAGUUUGUGCUGCUGUUCCGACAGAUGCCAGGCAUGUUUUGAAGGAUGCAAAGGUAAAAUACUGACCUGAAUGAUUGUGAUAUGUUUCCUAUUUUUGUCACUUAUGGUGGCACCAGCAGCUGCCAGACAUACCAACACAGAGGUAUCUGUUUGGCAUCUGCCAGCGAGAUGCCACGAUUGCAAGAUGCCAAACAGGUUUUGAAGGAUGCCUUUCUAAACAAACCGACCUGAGUGAGUGACUGUGAUAGGCCCAUGAAAUGCCAACAAAGUUGUUGCUGUGGCGGUGCUGUCGGACAACACCAGAUAUCUGUUUGGGAGGAUAUAGGCUACUGCUCUUAAAGGACUCUUCUGGGCGUCAACUUUUGAGCAGUGGGUGUGUAGCCUCCAGCCAAUAACAGCGUGCAGGGUGUGAGAAGUCCACGCCCCGCUGGCGUACAGUACAUGCCUGCAUGGUCUGGCCGGAGAUCCAGGAAGGUUGACGGUCAGAGAAGAAGGACCUCCGCACAUCAUGAUCCGAAAUCUCACCGCAUGAAAACCGACUGAUCUUCCAACUCCAGCUCUCAUCUAAAGAAGGCAUCAUGAUUCCUGUGAUGGAAUUCCGGCAGUUCUCUGAGCAGCAGCCAGCGUUCAGAGUCCUGAAGCCGUGGUGGGAUGUGUUCACCGACUAUCUGUCUGUAAUCAUGCUCAUGAUUGGUGUCUUUGGAUGCACUCUUCAGGUAAUGCAAGACAAAAUCAUAUGCCUUCCUCAGAGAACAUCAGUGAACACAAGUGAAGUGGAAGCGACGUCAUUGUUACACCUACCACCCAAUACUUCAGCCGUACCAAGAGAAAUGAAGGGCCUGAAAACCAACCUGGAUCUUCAACAGUACAGUUUCAUAAAUCAGAUGUGUUAUGAGAUGGCUCUGCAUUGGUAUGCCAAGUACUUUCCUUAUUUGGUUCUUAUACACACUCUAGUUUUCAUGGUGUGUAGCAACUUCUGGUUCAAAUUUCCUGGCUCGAGCUCUAAAAUAGAGCAUUUUAUCUCCAUGCUUGGCAAGUGCUUUGACUCUCCGUGGACCACACGAGCUUUAUCAGAGGUUUCUGGGGAAAAUCCUGAAGAAAAAGACCAUAAAAAGAGUGGCACUUCUAGAUCCAAUAUUGCUGUGUCUCCUGGGGAAGGCAGUUUGGAGAAGACACAGUCCCUCCGGUCUAUUCCGGAAAAGAUUGUAGUUGACAAGCCAUCAGCAAGUGCUCUUGAUAAAAAAGAGGGGGAACAAGCUAAAGCUCUUUUUGAAAAAGUAAAGAAGUUCCGUUUGCAUGUUGAGGAGGGAGACAUCCUCUAUAUCAUGUAUGUUCGCCAGACAGUUUUCAAGGUGUUUAAAUUCCUCUUGAUCAUUGGGUAUAAUAGUGCUCUAGUGAAUCAAGUGAGGAAUAGAGUACUUUGUGAAGUUGAGAUACAGAACAUGACAGGCUAUAAAGACUUUCAAUGUAAUCACACCAUGGCUCAUCUGUUUUCCAAGCUUUCUUACUGUUACCUGUGUUUAGUUGCUGUCUAUGGAUUUACGAGCCUUUAUACCUCCUACUGGCUGUUUUACCGUUCACUGAAAGAAUACUCCUUUGAGUAUGUGCGGCAAGAAACAGGCAUCAAUGACAUCCCGGACGUCAAGAACGACUUUGCUUUCAUGCUACACAUGAUUGAUCAGUAUGACCCACUGUAUUCAAAAAGAUUUGCAGUUUUUCUAUCCGAGGUCAGUGAAAACAAACUGAAACAGCUCAACCUAAACCACGAUUGGACUGCAGACAAAUUGCGUCAGCGACUCCAGACUAAUGCCAACAACAGACUUGAACUUCAGCUGUUCAUGCUCCCUGGGUUACCGGACACUGUCUUUGAGUUGACGGAGCUCCAGUCGCUCAAGCUCGAAAUCAUCAACAAUGUCACCAUCCCUGCCUCAAUCUCUCAGCUGGAAGACCUUCAGGAGCUGUCUCUUUACCAAUGCUCUUUAAAGUUGCACACAACAGCUACCUCCUUCCUCAAAGAGAACCUUAAAGUGCUUCGCGUGAAGUUUGAUGAUAGCAGAGAAUUUCCGAACUGGAUGUACGGCCUGCGAAACUUAGAGGAGCUCUGUCUCACCGGAUCACUAUGCCCUGAUGCCUCCAAGAAUAUAGUUCUUGAGUCAUUGCGGGAGAUGAAGUGUUUGAAAACUCUCUCCCUCAAGAGUAAUUUGACCAAGAUACCACAGUCUAUAGUGGAUGUUUCCAGCCAUCUGCAGCGGCUGUACUUACACAAUGAUGGCACUAAGCUAGUAAUGCUCAACAACCUGAAAAAGAUGACCAAUCUGACAGAGCUGGAGCUAGUACGCUGUGAUCUGGAACGUAUUCCACAUGCAAUCUUCAGCCUCACGAACCUGCAGGAGCUUGACCUGAAAGAAAACAACCUUCGCUCUAUAGAGGAGAUAAUCAGCUUCCAGCAUCUUCGAAAACUUACUUGCCUUAAACUUUGGUACAAUGGCGUCAUGUAUAUCCCAGAGCAUAUCAAAAAGCUCGGCAGCCUAGAGCGCCUCUACUUCAGCCACAACAAGAUCGAGAUAUUGCCUUCGCACCUGUUCUUGUGCAACAAGCUGCGCUACCUGGACAUGUCCAACAAUGACAUCCGAUUCAUCCCUCCAGAAAUUGGAGUUCUUCAGAGUUUACAAUAUUUCUCUGUCACCUGUAACAAAAUUGAAAAUCUGCCCGAUGAGCUCUUCUUUUGCAAGAAGCUCAAAACACUAAAGCUUGGCAAGAAUUCGCUGUCCAUCUUGUCACCAAAGAUUUCCUACCUAGUUCAUCUGACACACUUGGAGCUCAAAGGCAACCACUUUGAGGUCCUGCCACAAGAGCUUGGUUGCUGUCGUGCUUUGAAGCGCAGUGGCCUUUCAGUGGAAGACACAUUGUUUGAAACUCUGCCUUCAGAUGUCAGGGACCAAAUGAAGGCUGAGUGAGAUGCCUUAUUGUAGCCACAGUGCCUGCUGUUUAUUCUGUCUACCCAUUCAGAGCAUUUAUUUUGUAUUAACUCAUUAUCACAUGUAUGUAUUACUGAUAAGAAAAUUUUUGUUCAGAAUUAUUAUUUUUUUAAAGUUUUCCUUUCGGAGGGAAAAAUUACUUUUCAUAUACUGUCACAUAGAGUGUGACUGCACUUAAUGACAGGGGUGAUGUUCUGUUGUUAUUAACUUAUGUCAUAUUAUUUGACCACAAUACAUUCUUAAAGGAAUAGUUCAACAUUUUGGGAAAUGCACUUAUCUGCUCUCUUAUCAAGAGUUAGCUGAGAAGAUUAAUAUCAAUCACAUAUCUGACAGUUAUGUUUGAAGCUAGAGCCAACAGAUGAUUAGCAUAGCAUAGCUUAGCUUAGCUUAGCUUGGCAAAAAGACUGGAAGCAGGGGAAAAAGCUAGCUUGGCUCUCUCCAAAAGCAAAAGAAAUCCAUUUACCAUCACCACUGAAGCUCACUAAUUAUAGCCCCCUGUGGAGUUUUCUUGUAAACAAACAAAAGUUAUGUUCACAUUGAGUGUUACUCAUCAAAAUACACUGUUUGUAUCCUUGAUGUGUAACUAAAGUGUUGAAUGCAACCUCAUCAAACAUUUGCAAAGUCUAUUUUUAAAAGUAAUUUAAAUCCUGCAUUGUUUACAUCCAUGUUUACUAGCUUGCAGUC